AUUUGGUAAGCUCUUGAAAGGGGGUGUGUCUGGUCUCGUUUGUAUGUACGUUAGCCGCUAGCCUACAGUAUAGUACUUCAUGUCAAUCACUACUUGUCCUACUUAAUAAAAGAUGAGAGUUCUACUAGUCGUAUUACUAUCCCUUCUCUAUAGAGGAUCUGACUGUCAGUUGGUGUUUAAAGAUUCUCCGGCCACCACUCUAGUCUUGUUUAACUAUCCCACGACACUACGAUGCUCUGCAUCUGAGCCCAAUCCUCCAGCUAACAUAGUUUGGCUCAAGGACGAAGUCAUCUCGGGUACAGACCCUCGGGGGAGGUUCACUGUGACUUAUGACUCUACCACUGGGAGCAGUGAGUACAGCAUCAACACAGUCAGUUACCAAGACAAUGGGAGCUAUCAAUGUGUAGCAGUGGAUGCUGUAGGCACUAUACUGGCAAACAGUGCUGUGGGACAACUCACUGUUCAAGGUUACCCUGGGUUUGCACAUCCUCUGCCCUCUGUGAUAAUCCCUCUGGGAGCCACCGCCAUAUUUGAAUGUCCUGUUCUCAGUAACCCUCCUGCUAAUGUUAGCUGGACAUAUCAGGACAAUUCUCCCAUACCUUCAAACUCUAGAUUCACUAUCUCUCCAGCAAAUACUCUCACAGUAGGAAAUGUGCAAUCCUCUGAUGAGCGGUUUUAUGUCUGUCACGCUGUCAACACCUAUGGAAGGAAUUCUUCCUCAGCUAGACUAACGAUUGGAACCCCUCCCUCUGAGCUUAACCUGAUGGUGACUCCUAGCUCUCCGGACCCCCUCAGACUCAACCAAGGGGACAGUCUCUCCCUCUCGUGCUCUGUUUCCCCUGGGUCUCAGUUCAGCUCUAUCACAUGGACCAGAGGCUCCAUCAUUAUCACCAGUGUUUCACAGACCUCUGAUACGUUGCUCCUCUCAAUAGCGGCUCUAGAGUUUGAGGAUGGAGGAGUGUACACUUGCACUGUGGUUCUUCCCAAUGCUGCCAGUGAGACUGUCUCUAUACGAGUGGAAGUUGAUGUACCCCCUCAAUUCACUGCUACUCCCGAGGAUAUCGUAGUCACUGAGGGCCAGCCCUUUAUGCUCACGUCAAUGUGUGCUGCUGUUGGAGAGCCUAAACCAACCACCACCUGGCAUAGACCUGAUGGAACACAGAUACCAGUACAGAAUGGAGUACCACAGUUUGGUGCAUUGACACGCGCUGAUGAUGGUGUGUUUGUGUGCCUGGCUGCCAACUCUGUCGGGCAAAUCAGACACGAUUUCACCAUCACCGUACAAGGGCUUCCCCUGUUCAGUACUCCACCUGCUAAUACAGAGGCCUCCUUUGGUCAAGAUGUGGUGUUUGUGUGUAUGGCUCAAGGUCCCCCAGAUCCAAGCUAUUCUUGGACCCGAUUAGGUGGUUCUGGACUACCAAAUGGAGCAGUCAUAUCUGCAGAUGCCACCAGACUUCAUCUGCUCAGUGUGACUACAGAGGAUGAAGGAGUGUAUCAAUGCAACGCCACCAAUGUGUUUGGGUCAUCGUUAGCACAAGGAACUCUGUCUGUACUAGAAAGACCACAAAUACUUGAUGCUACAUACGGUCCUGUCUACAUUCAAGUGGGUACUACAUUUUCCCUUCUGUGCAGUUUCUCUGGUCCACCCAGUGUGGUUCAAGUGUGGAGCCUCAAUGGUGCCCCUCUCUCACCCAGUACCGACCCUAACUUGAGUAUUACACUGGAUGGAACUCUAACAGUGACUGGACCACAAGAGCAAUACUCUGGGGAAUAUGUGUGCAAUGUCACCACAAGCUAUUCCUUUGAUUUCGUCCGAAUAACAGUGUUUGUUGGAAGGCCUCCUCAGUUCACCCAGCCACCCUCAGAUACUGACCUGUCCCCUGGGUCAAUCACUACCAUCCCGUGUGUCUCCAGUGGGCAGCCACAGCCCUGGUCCACCUGGUUCAAAACUGACGUGUUUGGAGUACGGAGUGAGCUACCUACUCUGGGCUCCACCUUCACCAAGCUGAGCUCUGGACUGGAGCUGCGUAAUGUGAACAGAGAGGACAGUGGACUCUAUGAGUGCAUGGUGGACAACGGGAUCGGGAUUGUGCAGCAAUCAGCAACUGUCAGAGUGGAAGGUGCCCCACUUGUCUCACGUGUCACUCCUAGUCAGCUGUUAGCAGGAGAUCCCAGCGCUACUCUACAAUGUCUGACUAACUUCAACUUCCCGACUGGUAGUGUGAUCUGGUCGAGGGCUGACAGAGUGGAGCUAUCUCCUGAGAGGUUCUCAACCAGUAGUACUGGAGACCUACUCAUCACAAAUGUAACUGUGGACGACCAGGCCGUGUGGGUAUGCAACGUAACCAACCAGUAUGGGACCUCAGGUACAAGCGGGACAGUAGUAGUACUAGUUGCCCCGUCCAUCAAUUUUACGUCCCCUGAAACCAUUGUGACUAUCCAAACCAGUUCAUCAGUGUCCUGCCCGGCUAGUGGUACACCACCUCCGCAGAUACGAUGGCUCUAUAACGGUGCUGCCAUUGAGGGCGUGAGUGGCUUUGAUAUCGACCCUGAGUCAGGUGAUCUCCUCUUGUCUAAUCCGAUCCCUAAUCAAGAGGGGACUCUCACGUGUGUGGCCAGCAACAGUGUGGGCAUGACCUCUGCUAGCGUUGAGCUGCUGGUUAGAGGUCCCCCUGUGAGGAACCUAAACGCUGUUGUAGCUGGAAUCAACAUUGUUCGUCUCACGUGGUCAGCCCCUCUCCCUGUAGCUCCCCUGGCUAGCUAUCAGAUAGAGGUGGGCAGGCCUGGUGUCUCCACUGGCAGGACAUUUCUUACAACAACUUCAAGAACACAGUUUGUGACUGGACUCUCACCAGGCGUACUGUACGAGUUCAUUGUCCGUGGCAGGUUCAGUGGAGGGCUAGUGGGAGAGGAUGCAACGACUACCGGCACUACACUUGAGUCAGCUCCAGGUGGUCCCCCUCAGGGUAUCACUCUCACUCCUCGAGGUGGAGCAUUCAAUGUUCGGUGGACGCUUCCUCUAGAGUUGCAGAGAAACGGAGAGAUUGUUUCCUAUAUGAUAUUCUACCGCAGAGCUCCUCAAAAUGUCACCUCUGACCCACCAUUCAGCAAUACCAUAUACCUUAGAAACAACACUGAUGAGGUAGUCCACUCACUGACAGUUGAGGGGCUGGAUGAGUUGACAGUGUACGAGGUGAAGCUGCUAGCAUCUACCGUUGUCGGAGAUGGACCAGAGAGUGCUUUAUUGAACGUGACUACAGAGAGACGCAUGGACUUCACUCCAGUGGACUAUCAGCUGGUGGUGAAUGUAGUGAUAGGUGUAGGAGGAGCUGUAUUGGGUAGCCUGCUGUUAGUCACGUGUGUGCUGGCCUGGUGUGUAGUGGUGGUCCCUUGUUGGAAACGUUGGACCAAGUUUGGGAAGCAUCAACCUCUCACAGACGAAGAGGCUUAUGAUAGGCAAAGGAAGACUGGUGGACAAACUAAGACUAUCAGUGGCCCCAUCCCUGGCAUUACCCCAAAGUUUGACAGCUCGGUAGAUGGCAAGUUCAAAGUCCAAGGGGAAGAUGGACGUGUCCUUAACCUUCGACCCAAGGUGAUACGAGAAGAAGAUGUGGCCACGCCUCCUAGAGAAGGAGAGAAUGUCAGAAUAGUGCCUCGUGAUGAGAUCCUAGUAUCACAAGGUGCUGGCGGCUAUGAUGACCCUGCUGAUGCUAUAGACAGUACAUCGUACCAUGUUCCUCGACCUCAGAAGAGCAAACCAACUAAUGGUCAGGUGAUACGCCCAGAGUCAGGUAUUUACUCGGAGGUGGUUGACACAAGGAGAGUGGUUGAAGAGACAGACGGUGGACACCCUCAGGGUGGGUACUUGGAUAGAGACGCCCAGGAGGAGAGUGAGACUAAUCUAGUAGAGGGGCCACGGGUGGUGGUUGUCCAGCCCCCCUCUCCUCAGAGGAGGGGACCAGAGGGUCGUGACACGGGGAAGGACACAUCACAACUGAUCUAUGCCAGUGUCUCUGAUGAGCACAAGCAAAAGAAAAGGGAAAAAUUGACUCAACAAGAGCAGGAGGCUGAGACCGUGAGGGCUAAGCAGGACAAGAAGAUGCGAGAUAAAAUGGAGAGGGAGAAGAAGAAACAAGAGGAAAAGAUACGCAAACAAGAGGAGAAGGAAAAAAAGAAACAAGAAAAAGAGCAGGCCAAGCAACAAGCAAAGAGAGCUAGUUUAGGGCUGGACAAUGUUGUACAUUUACAUGAACUGUCCAUUACAGAAGGUCGUGCUCAGGCUCAGGCUCAGUUUAUUGAUGCUGCCACUGCUGCACUGUUUUGAACACUCAAACUGACUUCUCUAUUUCUGUUUUAUACAGUGCUAGUACAUAGUUAUUCCUAUUGUGUACACGUAAAACCUUUCCACGAUAUUAAUUAUUUUACACCA